AAUGCAGCUUCUGCGAUGGGAUCGUGGAGGUCUUAUGCUGGUGACGAGAGGUUUUCUAGUUCAACUCUCACUGUUUUGAUCGGUAUUUUUGCUAUGUUAUGGUUGCUCUGGGCCAUCAAGAAACAAAGAAAGGCCGCAGUACCUCCAUUGCCACCAGGUCCUCGUGGCUUGCCAAUAGUCGGGUACCUUCCGUUUAUAGGUACAGAACUUCAUAUAAAAUUUGAGCAAUUGUGUGGGAUCUACGGCCCCAUCUAUAAGGUUUGGUUUGCAAAUAAGUUGUGCAUUGUGAUUAGCUCCCCCUCACUAGUAAAAGAAGUUGUUCGUGACCAAGAUGCAUUAUUCUCCAACCGUGAUGUGAACAAAGCUAUACUUGCGAUCACAUAUGGGGGAGCCGAUAUUGCUUUUUCCCCGAAUGGUCCAAACUGGAAGAUGUUGCGAAAGAUGUUUGUGAGAGAGAUGCUUAGUGCAUCAAAUCUUGAUACUACCUUCACUUUACGAAGAGAAGAGGUAAGGAACACCAUUAAAAAUGUGUAUGAAAAAAUAGGUACCCAAGUAGAUUUAGGAGAACUGGCAUUUGUGACGGCGAUAAAUGCCAUCAUGAACAUGUUGUGGGGCGGCACGCUACAAGGUGAGGAAGGGGCCAAGUUUGGAGCUGACUUUAAGAAUAUGUUUUCAAAUUUAAUGUUGCUACUCGCAAAGCCAAAUGUUUCGGACCUUUUCCCCGCAUUAGCAAGUUUUGAUUUACAAGGGAUAGAAAGGGAAGUAAAGGGGAUUUCCCAAAGCAUUGACCGAGUACUUGAUUAUGUCAUUGACAAACAGAUGAAGAGUUUGGCCAAGGCCAAGGAAGAGGGAAAGACAAAGACAGGACGAAAGGACUUUUUGCAAGUUCUCUUGGAAAUAAGGGAGCAGAACAAUGGUGCAUAUUCGAUUAGCAUGACCCAACUCAAGGCCGUGCUUGUGGACAUAGUGGUUGGUGCAUCCGACACCACAACGACAAUGUUGGAAUGGGUGAUGGCAAGGCUGAUGAAACAUUCGGAGAUAAUGAGAAAAGUCCAUGAAGAAUUAACAGAAAUCGUGGGGGUGGAUAACUUAGUCGAAGAAUUCCAUUUGCCCAAAUUACAGUAUUUAGAUGCUGUAAUUAAAGAGACGUUUCGUCUGCACCCACCUUUUCCUUUCCUAGUACCUCGAACUCCAAGUGAAUCUAGCAUCAUUGGAGGGUACCAUGUACCCAAAGGUUCUAGUAUUUUCGUGAAUGUUUGGGCUAUACAAAGGAACUCAAAGUAUUGGGACAAUCCAUUGGAAUUCAUACCUGAGAGGUUUCUAAAUGAUGGUUAUGGUAGAGUAGAUUAUUCUGGCAACAAUUUUAAAUAUUUUCCAUUUGGGUCAGGAAGAAGAAUAUGCGCGGGUCUUACACUAGGGGAAAGGACACUCAAAUACAUCCUGGCUUCAUUUUUGCACUCCUUCGAAUGGAAAUUGCCACAAGGUUCAGAGAUUGAUGUUUCAGACACUUAUGGUGUGGUUACAAAGAAGAAGAAUCCAACAAUUGCAAUUCCAACUCCAAGGUUGUCCAAAUCUGAGCUUUACACAGAAUAGUACAAUGUGAGAAAUACACUUCGUUGCUUUUCAUACCAAUACAAUGUAUGAAUCCUCUAUAUGCACAAUAACCAAUGAGGUUGUGAUGGUUUUCACUUCCUAUACUAUAUAGUUGUGAUGCAAAUAGGCUUAUAUUUAUACUCUUUGUAUCCAAAUUUGCACAAUUAUUGGCCUAUGAAUAAAAUCUUAGUUUGGCAA